CAUCAUUUGCAUAUGAAAAGGGAAAAUCGCCUGAAUCGUAAAAUUAUUACGACGAUAUUAUUUACAUAUUUCACCAACAAAAUUGAAAUUGAAACAGGAUUUGAACAAACACUCAUUAUUCAGAAACAACUGCCCCCAAAUAAUUUGUUUUCCUGGAGUUGAAGGGCACAAAAAGUGGAACAGACUGGAGUCGUUACAGGUCUGCAUGAAAGCAUGUAAAGUCCUGUGGUAGACCAUUGGUGCUAUGGGUAACUCAAAAUCAACCCGGGCAGAAUGUCACUCCCUGGGUAUGCCCCAGAGGGAAAGGGAUCUGCAUUUAGCGGUGAUGGCUAAUGAUAAGGAGAGUGUCCGACAGAUGAUUUCUCAGGGUGCUGAUAUCAAUUAUCCAUGGAAUAAUCCUGCUGUACCUAGUGUGAAAGAUAGCACCACUCCACUGUUAGCUGCUGUCUCUCUUAAUCAUGUAGAAAUUACAAAGAUGUUGAUCCGAGCUGGAGCUUCUGUUAAUUUAACGGAUCGUAAUGGUUGUUCACCGUUAUAUAAAGCUGCUUAUCAUGGUCGGCCGGUUCUUAUAGAUAUUCUAGUUAAAGAAGAUGCUGAUGUAAAUUUAGCCAACAAGGAAGACCAGACACCACUAUAUAUCUGUGUACAAAAUGCAAUUGUUCAUUCUAAUUUCAAUGCUGUGGUUCGAAUACUAGAUGCAGGAGCCUCCGUUGAUUUCCGGGAUAAGUCAGGAAAAGCACCUAUUCAUAUCGCAGCUCACUGGAAACUGAAGGACAUGAUUAGUUUAUUGAUUCGAGCUAAAACUGACAUCAAUAUUAUAGAUCACAAGGGGAGAACACCCCUGUAUGUGUGUGUUAGCUCCCUUUCCACUGGUCUCUACAAAGAAGAUUUAAAAUACCAGGUCCCAUGUAUUAAAGUUUUAUUCGCAGCUGGCUGCGAUAUGAUGAACCUCUCCGAUUGGCUAAAAUGGAAAGGGCCUGGAAUUCCACAAGAACUAUUGGAGGAUGACGAACAGUUCUAUCAUUGGUACAAUAACAACAUCAAAUCCCCGCACUCCUUGAUGAAUUUGUGUCGGAAAGUCAUCCAACACAAUAUAUGUGAUAGAGACAUUUUGAAAAUAGUUCCGAGAUUACCUGUUCCACCUAAACUCAAAAUCUACUUAUCACGUAAAGUGUUUCACCUUCCUUCUCCACUCUUCACUAUAUAUCCAUGUUGAGCAUGGUGUUUGUUUUAUUGUUUUAGUUAUUAUUAUUAUUAUUAUUUCUAGUUAUUAUUAUUAUUAUUAUUAUUCAUUCUCACUUAUUGCUGGUCAAACAAAUGUUAUAUGAUACGUAAUUACAUAUUCUUUGAAUGAUAUUUAGAUUAACAGAUUAUUUAUGGAUAACAAUUACUGUGGUCUAUUACUCUGCAACAUUUCAAAGUGGGGAUGGAUGGCUGAAGGGUUAGUGCGUGCUCGUUGUGUCAUAAGGUCUGUCAUUGAGCAUUGAGUCAGCUGGUGUGGUUUCGAUUCCCCCAGUUGUACGUGACAACCUCGUGUGGGUUUUUCUUUGGGUUCUCCGGUUUUCUCCCACUGCUAAAAUUGAACCAUAUAUUAGUCCCAAAAUGACCUGGUUUGUGUAGAAUGAACCUCUCUCUCUCUCUCUCUCUCUCUCUCUCCUUGCAGUGUAAUAAAGGAUAGUAAUUGUUAUUCCAUAAAUAUUGUUUUAUUUGUUUGUAUGAAAAAUGUUUCUGUAAUGAAACAACUCUUGAAGCUUUGUUAUAACUAGUCAUCUUUACUGCCUUUUCAUAAAAUAAUAUACAAGUUGGGUUAGAUAUCCUUACAUGUAUAUAGCUUGUUGAUUUCACAGACUACAGAGACACAUAAUACAUAGGCCAGGGCACUCCUUUCGCAGACUACAGAGACACAUAAUACAUAGGCCAGGGCACACCUUUCACUCACUACAGAGACACGUAAUACAUAGGCCAGGGCUCUCCUUUAACUCACUACAGAGACACGUAAUACAUAGGCCAGGGCUCUCCACGGAGACACAUAAUACAUAGGGCUCUCCUUUCAUAAACUGCAGGGACAUGUAAUACAUAGGCCAGGGCUUGCCUUUCACUCACAACAGAGACAUGUAAUACAUAGGCCAGGGCUCUCCUUUCACUCACCACAGGGAGACAUAAUACAUAGGGCUCUCCUUUCACAUACUGCAGGGACACGUAAUACAUAGGCCAGGGCUCGCCUUUCACUCACUACAGAGACAUGUAAUACAUAGGCCAGGGCUCUCCUUCCACAAAGUAUAGAGACACGUAAUACAUAGGCCAGGUCUCUCAUUUCCCUCGACUAACUGGCACUGAAAUUGACUAGCUGGAGAACUUGCCAAUUAGACAAUUUAUAUGCAAUAAAAUCAGAAUUCUACUAAAUUGUACCUUCGUACACAAUAAAUACAGUGAAAUUUAUAGUUCUUCUUUCAAAAUAUAUUUUUAAAAAACUUUGGAUUAUGUUAAAAAAUUGUGUUAUACAUGUACUUUGGAAAAAAGUCUUGUUAAUCCGAGGUAAACAAUAUACGUGGACCACCUGACAAAAUUUAGAAAACCCUGAUUUAGUUAUUAUCAAAUACUUGUUUUCUACUUAUGUUCGUAAUGCCCUUAACAUGUAUAAUAAUAAUAAUAUCAUUAAAGGAGAAGUCACCAAUUUCAUAGGGUACGCGAUGACACAUUGACAAAAUAUAUUUAAAAACAUAAAAGUUUUGAAAAAAAAAAUCUCUGAAAAUUUAGCUCAAUUUAAGAAGUGAUUUCUAGAUUCCCUUUAAAUAGAAAUUGAAGAAUAGCAUAGCAGCACAUUGUAUAUUGAGAUUUGCAGGAUUUGAUUUUGAGACUAAAAGGUUUAAUCAUUGUGUGCUUCUGAGUGAAAUUGACGAAAAUAUUAAAGAUACAUUAUCAUAAAAGGUAAAUCUGUAUAUUGCUGGCUUCAAAUGUUCAAAUAUUAUAUAAAUUAUUAAACAUUUCUUAACAUAACGACCCUAUAAUCAAUUCUCUAGACCAUUAGAUGGCCAAGAUAUUAAAUGGAUUAGAGAUAAAUCUGCCUAUUGCAGGUGUUCUUUUGCUGGCUUCGAUAUGUUACGGUAUAUAAAUUACUAUUUAAAGUGAUAAUUUCAUAUUUUCUAAGAAAGUCAAAACAAUUAUUUCUAUGUCUUUUGCUCAAUAGGUUGUCAACUCACUAUUAUACGAUUAUAGGUAUUAUUCUCCCUCUUAAAAAUCCUUUGACCCCGGAAAUAAUAACACAAUUACCUCCCUUGUUUUUCUCU